AAAAAAACUCUGUAAAUUUCAUAAUUUUUAAAUAACCGCUGUCCAAGUAAAAUAAUGGUAUAUCCCGCAUAAAUCAUAAUAUUCAUGUUGCUUAUUUUAAGCUAACCUAGACGAAUCAUAUGAAGGCACAAUGAUUUCAUUUAAUAAGUUGUGUUUAAAUAUAGAGAGUUUAUCUUCUCUCUCUCUUUCUCUUAAUACCUACUGUAUUUUUCUAUAUAAAAAAAAAACGGCAUAUAUAAUGGUAUAUAUUGAGGCGUUAAUUUUCCUUUCUACUUACUAUUCUUUCUUCUACGUUCAGUUAUUAUCUUAUACUUUAUUUAUCAUAGAACUGUGAGCUACUUUUUUAUAUCUUUUUAUAAGCAAACCAGAGGGCUAAAGGAUGAGCAUUUUAUGUGAAAUAGCAAAAGAGAGAGAGGG